AUGGCCAUGAAACACCACCAGCCUGAAUAUUUCUCCAUCCAUGGUAUUAGGUACCAUGUUCGUGUUGUUAAUGGCUUCACAAACAACUCCUCUCUCCCACUCAUCAUAUGGUGUGCCUCACAAGAUGGUGAUAUAGGUGGUCGAGCACUCCAAGAAGGAGACGACUUCAGUUGGAACACCAGACAUAGUUUUUGGACAUCGACGCCUGCUUUCUCUUGUACUAUGAAAUGGGAUCAAAUAAGGAAGAAGUUUAAAGCCUUUCAGAUACACCGAGACAGAUCGAGGUGUGGAGUUUCCAGGAAAUGUUUGUGGUUGGUUAGAGAAGAUGGUUUCUAUUUUAGCAACGACGAGUAUAAUUGGGUUAAGGAUUUUUCUUGGUCAUAA